UUUUUGAAUCUGCGGAGGCGGCGGCGGCAGCGGCGGCCCGGCGACUGAAGCGCGCGAUACUGAAGCGGCCGCGUUGAGGACGGUUGCGCGGAACGGCUCUGUAGGAAGGAACUUGGUUCCCCCUCCCUCAUCUCCCGCCCCGAAAGAUUCAAAAUGGAUAGUAUAGAAGAACCUCAGAAAAAAGUCUUUAAGGCUCGAAAAACAAUGAGAGUGAGUGACCGUCAGCAACUUGAAGCAGUGUACAAGGUCAAAGAAGAACUGUUGAAAGCUGAUGUCAAGCUGUUAAAUGGCAACCAUGAAAAUGGAGAUUUGGACCCGACCUCACCUUUGGAAAAUAUGGAUUAUAUUAAUGACAAGGAAGAGGUGAAUGGCAUUGAAGAGCUUUGUUUUGAUGCUGAAAAAAGUAAAUCAGAAUGGAAAGAAACCUCUUGUACCUUAAAUGUUAAUAUAAAAAACAAGCAGGAUGAUGAUUUAAAGCAUGAACCUUUGUCUCCUAAUAGUAUAGCUCCUGAACUAGUCUGUAAACUGACUGCUGAACCAGCUUCUGAUGAGCCAGCCUCUGUUGAGCUGGCUAUGGGAGAUCCAGCUUCUGGAGAUUCAGCCCCUGAAGAUCUGGCCUCUGAAGUAUUACCCUCUGGCGAUCCUGCCUCUAGUGAUCCCGCCUCUGGUGAUCCCACCUCUGGUGAUCCCACCUCUGGUGAUAUCACCUCUGGUGAAAUAGUUUCUAGUGAAACAGUCUCCAGUGAACCUUUCUCUGGUGAAUUGGUCUCUGGUGAAUCGGUCCCUGAUGAAUCUGUCUCUGGUGCACCGAACUCCAGUGAUCCAGCCUCUGGUGAUUCAGCUUCUGCUGAUCUGUCCUCUGGAGCACUGGCCUCUGAUGAUCCAGCCUCUGGUGAUCCAGCUUCUGGCGAUCCAGCCUCUGGUGAUCAAACCUCCGGUGAUCUGGCCUCUGAUGAACCCACUUCUGAUGAACUGACUUCUGAAUCAGCUUUUCAUCCCGCCUUUGAACCAAGUUCUGUACCAGUCUGUGAACCUGUUCCUGAAACUGACAGUACAGAGCCUAGUAGCAAUAAAGGUGAUGAUUUUCUUGAAAAAAAUGGGGAUGAUGAAAAGUUAGACCAGAUUUUCUCAGUUGAUGAGAAAAAUAAAGCUGAUAGUAAUACCGAUGCUGAUGAAGAAACCCUGGAAACAGAUGAUAGAGUUAUUUGUUCAGAUCUACCUCCUGAAAAUGAAAAGAAGGCAAAGGAAGAUGCUGUCACAGAACCUGCUCUUGGAGAGGAGGCUAUAUCUAGCAGUAUGGAAAUUGACCAAAGUGAAAAGAAUGAAGGUGAAAAUUCUGCAGACCUUGCAGAAACCAUUAGUGAAAAUGUUAUAAAAGAUGACAACAAUGAGAUUAUCUUGGAAAAUACAGAUUCUAUGGAGACAGAUGAAAUUAUUCCUAUUUUGGAAAAGCUUGCACCUGCUGAAGAUGAACUUACUUGCUUUUCUAAAACUUCUCUUCUUCCGAUUGAUGAGACAAAUCCAGAUUUGGAAGAGAAGAUGGAAAGUUCUUUUGGUUCACCAUCUAAACAAGAAAGCAGUGAGAGUUUGCCAAAAGAAGCCUUUUUGGUCCUCUCUGAUGAAGAGGAUCUUGCUGGUGAAAAAGAUGAAUCUGAAGUUAUAUCACAAAAUGAAACAUGCUCUCCAGCAGAAGUAGAAACUAAUGAAAAGGAUAGCAAACCUGAGGAAGAAGAGCAAGUAGUAAAUGAAGAUGAAAGACCUUCUGAGAAAAGUGAAUUUUCCAGAAGAAAACGUUCUAAAUCAGAGGAUAUGGACAAUGUACAGUCCAAACGUCGUCGAUACAUGGAAGAAGAAUAUGAAGCAGAAUUUCAAGUGAAGAUUACAGCCAAAGGAGAUAUUAACCAGAAGCUACAAAAGGUUGUACAGUGGUUGCUGGAAGAAAAAUUGUGUGCACUACAAUGUGCUGUAUUUGAUAAGACUUUGGCAGAAUUGAAAACACGAGUCGAAAAGAUUGAAUGUAACAAGAGGCAUAAAACAGUUAUUACUGAACUACAGGCCAAGAUAGCCAGGUUAACCAAACGCUUUGGAGCAGCCAAAGAAGAUCUUAAGAAAAGACAAGAAAAUCCACCGAACCCACCAGUAUCACCAGGAAAGUCUGUAGUUGACAUCAACAGCAAUAAUAACAAUGUGCCGUACAGAAAUGCAGGCACAGUGAGACAGAUGCUGGAGUCUAAAAGGAAUGUAAGUGAGAGUGCACCACCAACUUUUCCAACCCCUGUGAAUACAGUAUCUUCAACCAGUCUUGUAACUCCUCCAACAGUUGUCAGUAGUCAACCUAAGUUGCAGACUCCAGUGACUUCUGGUUCUCUAACAGCAACGUCAGUUCUUCCUGCACCCAACACAGCUACAGUAGUUGCAACUACUCAGGUGCCUAGUGGAAAUCCCCAACCUACAAUCUCUUUACAACCUUUACCAGUGAUUUUGCAUGUACCUGUUGCGGUAUCCUCCCAGCCUCAACUCCUACAGAGCCAUCCAGGGACUUUAGUGACCAAUCAACCAUCUGGCAACGUUGAGUUCAUUUCUGUACAAAGCCCACCUACAGUGAGUGGUCUUACCAAAAAUCCAGUGUCCUUGCCAGCCUUGCCAAACCCCACUAAACCAAACAAUGUUCCUUCUGUGGCCAGUCCUAGUAUUCAAAGGAACUCUCCUGCCAGUGCUGCACCAUUAGGAACAACGCUUGCUGUACAGGCUGUUCCAACAGCACACUCUAUUGUACAAGCCACAAGGACUUCUUUACCUACAGUAGGCCCAUCAGGACUGUAUAGUCCAUCAAAUAAUCGAGGUCCUAUACAGAUGAAAAUUCCAAUUUCUGCUUUUAGUACUUCAUCUCCUGCAGAACAGAGCACUGCUACCCCAAGAAUUGAAAACCAGACAAACAAAACAAUAGAUGCUUCUGUUAAUAAGAAAGCAGCUGAUAGCACAUCACAGAGUGGAAAAGCCACAGGCAGUGAUUCAGGUGGUGUCAUUGAUCUCACAAUGGAUGAUGAAGAGAGUGGAGGUUCACAAGACCCUAAAAAGCUAAACCAUACUCCUGUGUCAACCAUGGGUUCUUCUCAGCCUGUGUCUCGACCAUUGCAACCCAUCCAGCCUGCACCACCUCUUCAGCCAUCUGGGGUGCCAACAAGUGGACCAUCUCAGACAACCAUACAUUUACUACCUACAGCUCCAACCACAGUGAAUGUAACACAUCGUCCAGUAACUCAGGUGACCACAAGACUCCCUGUACCAAGAGCUCCUGCAAACCACCAGGUGGUUUAUACAACUCUCCCAGCACCACCAGCUCAGGCUCCCCUGCGAGGAACUGUUAUGCAGGCUCCUGCUGUUCGGCAGGUCAAUCCCCAAAAUAGUGUCACAGUUCGAGUGCCUCAAGCAACUACAUAUGUUGUAAACAAUGGACUAACCCUGGGAUCAACAGGACCUCAGCUCACAGUGCAUCACCGACCACCACAAGUGCAUACUGAGCCCCCACGCCCUGUGCACCCAGCACCCUUACCAGAAGCCCCACAGCCACAGCGUCUGCCCCCAGAAGCUGCCAGCACAUCUCUGCCUCAGAAACCACACUUGAAGUUAGCACGAGUUCAGAGCCAAAAUGGCAUUGUACUGUCAUGGAGUGUCCUGGAGGUAGACCGAAGCUGUGCCACUGUUGACAGCUACCAUCUCUAUGCUUACCAUGAGGAACCCAGUGCCACAGUGCCCUCACAGUGGAAAAAGAUUGGAGAAGUAAAGGCACUUCCCUUGCCCAUGGCAUGCACUCUCACCCAGUUUGUAUCUGGCAGCAAAUACUACUUUGCAGUACGAGCCAAGGAUAUUUAUGGACGUUUUGGACCUUUCUGUGAUCCUCAGUCAACAGAUGUGAUCUCUUCUUCCCAGAGCAGUUAAACCUAGGAGCCUUUAUCUCUUCCUCUUUUCGAGUUCCACUUUUUGGUCUUGUUUUAAUCUUGUGCAUGAUAUCCAUUGUAAAAUCCACAUUGUGCAAGAUUUCUUGGACAGAUGUGUAUAUACACUACAUUUGUUUAUAAUCAGAAGUAAAAUAAACAGCCCAUAAAGCAAGAAUCUUUUCCUGGACAAUUGAAGCUUCAGGGUUUUGAAAUGUAAAUGUGCACCUUGCUUUAGUUUUAAGGCUGGGGAAUAUGUGUGGGUGUUUAUGUGUGUUUUUCCGUAUUUAUAUGUUUACUGCAGUGGAAUCUCCCAUUUCCAUUCUCACAUUUACCCCUCUUCAAGUAUAAAGUAAGUAGAUCAAGGGAUCCGAGGUAUGGUAUGUAACUGGCAUGAUUCUGCUUCUGAGGGAUCUGUAGGUUCAUAACUAAAUGAAUCUAAACAAAACCCAAGGAAAGAAAUAAAAAGCAAAAUGGUUAAAUAGUUUAAACUAGGUUAAUUUGAACACAGGAAAGGAUCUGUUCAUCUUUUUUCUUUGCUUGGUUGUUAAUUAGGUGAAAAAGAUCUGCAUUGGCCCCUCUUUCCUAAUCUGGCUCUUACAUUUAUUUUGUGCCUUAAAGAUUAACUACUAAAGUAAACAUGACCA